AUGACUUCCAUGACUCCGCAUCAGAAAGAAGGCGACUUCUACGAGAAGGCAGUUGUCGGAUUCUCAGCGUCCGAAGUCAAUCGGACAGGAGGAUCGGCGGAAGCUAAAGGACUACUGCGGAUGUCCGAAUUUGAAAGCCAUAUACAAACUCAAAAUGGUCGAAGGCAGCUCACUGCGCAGCACGGGGCUGGUUUUUAGAGCGGCCAUCAUCACAUGUACCAAUACGUCACUCUUUUGUUAAGUGCAAGAAAUCCUGAACGGAUCGCUCAACCAUCUUCGGUGUCCAUCGGUUGAGUAUAUCAGAAAUCGCGUUCACCAUGAGGCCAGAAGGGGCGCUCCGUGAGACCGUCGGAUAACUUCCUUGUUUUAUUGCACGGGUCGGCAUCGUCUCAAUGCGCAACCGUGACAUUCAUACCGAAGACCUUCCCAUUCUGUCCUCUGAAACCUUUCACCCAAUAAUAUGGUAGCGUCUGUGUUUGUAUCAUGUGUUCCGUAUCAACACCUGCAUGGUAAGUGGCAGACAUCCUGCUUUCCGGGCCCUUGUUUCUCUUCAUGGAAUAAUUG